UAUGAAUAGCAGACUAAAGAUUCUGCUCACUAAAUCAUAAUAAAUAUAAAUAUAUGAGUAGUAUUGCAAUGAAAUUAAUAUUUAAAUUGUUUAAAUAAUGAUAAUAAAACAUUUAAAUGUUGUAAUUUAAAUAAAAUCAGUGAUUAUUAUUAUUGUAAGAUAAAAUAAUACCGGUUAUUGUUUUGUUCGGUUAGAAUUUUAAGUCACAAAAAUAUUUAUAUUUAAAUUAAACAAUGACAGCGAUAAUAAAAGCCAGUACUUGUAAUUUAAUAUUUAAGCGGUACAUUAAUUUGUCAUUUAAAUUUAAUGCCAAGCCCGAGAAAGCUGUUGAAAAGAAAUAUUCAAACACAGUUUUGCUGCCACAAACUAAAUUUCCACCAAAAUUAAAUGGAGCUAAAAGAGUUGAAAUGGAUAACUAUUUAAUUGAAAAAUGUGGAUUCAAUGAGUUGUAUAAUUGGCAACGAGAUAAUUUAGCUGGUCCAGAUUUCAUUUUACAUGAUGGACCACCUUAUGCUAAUGGUGCCGUACAUAUGGGACAUGCUGUCAACAAGAUAUUAAAAGAUAUAACAACAAGAAGUCGUGUAAUAAAAGGACAGAGAGUUCAUUAUGUACCAGGAUGGGACUGUCAUGGUUUACCAAUUGAAUUAAAAGCGCUAAGUGCUUUAAAAGAUCAAAAAGAUAAAUUGACACCACUAGAAAUACGCCAGCAUGCUAGAAAAUUUGCUGAAGAAGCAAUUAAACAUCAACGGGAAUCAUUUAUAUCGUGGGGAAUAAUGGCUGACUGGAAAGACAACUGCUAUUUCACAAAUAACAUAUCAUUUAUGACGAAUCAAUUGAGACAAUUUAUAAAUUUGUAUGAAAAAAAAUUUAUAUUUCGCGCAUUUAAACCCGUUCAUUGGUCACCGUCAUCUAGGACAGCGCUGGCUGAGUCUGAGUUGGAGUACAAUGAGCAGCAUUCAAGUAAAUGUGCGACAGUCCGAUUUUUAGUGACUGAGUUGUCAGAUAAAUUGAAAAUACUUGAAGGCCGAGUAGUUUAUGCACUGACCUGGACAACUACCCCCUGGACACUGAUUGCCAACCAAGCACUGGCGUACGCUCAAGAUAUUUCUUACUGUAUCGCUGAAGAUCCUCAAGGCAACUGUUAUAUAAUCGCCGAAGACUUACUGAGUACCGUUACACAAAAAAUCGGAGCUUUGAGGCCAAUUUUGACCGCUUUAGGUAGUGAUCUAGCUGGAUUAAAAUACUCCCAUCCAAUAACUGGUGAAUCAAUGCCAUUUUAUCCAGCAAGUCAUGUUACGAGCAAAGUAGGCACUGGUUUAGUUCAUACAGCACCAGCACAUGGCUCCGAUGAUUUUAUUGUUUCUAUAAAUAAUAAUAUACCUGUCUUGUCGCUAGUUGAUGAAGAUGGUCGCUAUACAGCGGAAGCUGGUGCCUUUGCUGGACUAGAUGUUUUGAAAGAAGGUGGUGAUGUUAUUUUACAACAUAUUGGUGACAAUGUAAUGCAUACUGAAGAUUUAAUUCACAGUUAUCCGUAUGAUUGGCGCACUAAAAAACCAGUUAUUACCCGAGCUAGCUAUCAAUGGUUCAUAAAUACUGAACCAAUCAAACACAAAGCUGUUGAAGCUUUGGAGAGUGUAAAAAUGUUUCCACGAUUCAGAGAAGAGAGUUAUUUGAAUAAUCUAAAGCAACAUGUUCUCCAGCGACCUUUCUGGUGCAUUUCACGUCAACGUGCCUGGGGUACACCAAUACCAGUAUUUUAUAAUAAAGAAACUGGGCAAAUUAUUGUUGAUAAAGAGAUUGUUGAACGAUUGUGUAAAUUGCUUGAACGCGAAGGUCCUGACUGUUGGUGGACUUUGCCAGUUGAUAAAUUAAUUGGACAUAAAUUAUUAGAUAAAUUAAAUAUUGAUGCUGAUAAAUUAGAAAGAGGAAAUGAUAUUAUGGACAUUUGGUUGGACAGUGGCUUGACAUGGUCAGCAGUUUUACCAGAAGGUCAGCAAGCAGACCUUUAUGUAGAAGGUAUGGAUCAAUUUAACGGAUGGUUUCAAUCCUCAUUACUCACGUCAAUGGCCGUCCAAGGAAUUCCUCCAUUCAAAUCGAUAUUCGUACAUGGAUUUACUGUAGAUAGAAACGGUAUGAAGAUGUCCAAGUCAUUGGGAAAUGUUGCCAGUCCCGAGGAUAUAAUUCGCGGUGGAAAAAAUCUAAAAACUCAACCCGCGUAUGGUGUUGAUACUCUGCGAUGGUGGGUAGCAAGUCACGGCGUCCAGCAUACACAAAUACCGGUGGUCAAUACUUUGCUACAAAAUAGCGUUGACUCUGUACAAAAAAUCCGAUUGAUUUUGAAAUUUCUACUUGGCGCACUUCAUCCAUACGAUGCACCGAAUGAUAUUAAACCUAAUUAUUUACUUACUGACAAAUAUAUGUUCCAUAGACUUUAUCAUUAUCAUAAAGAAACUAGAAAUUUUUACGAUAAUUACGAGUACCACAAUGUGUGCAAAGCAGUUCUUAAUUUUGUCGCAAAUGAUAUUUCGGCAUUUUAUUGUCAUCUUGCUAAAGACAGAUUAUAUUGCGAAGAAGUAACUUCUCCACUCAGAAUAGCAGCUACUAGUGUUAUUGGAGAAAUUCUUAUUGUACUUACUCGUUCAAUUGCUCCAAUAAUUCCCCAUUUAGCUGAAGAAGUUUGGCUCUAUCAUCCAGACAAUCUGGCUUCAGUACCGCUGUACCAUUCAACUCACACGUUACCAAACGACUGGGACAUGCCGGAAGUUGAAAAAAUAAUGGACGCAGCGUUGGAUAUAAAAAGUAUUUUAAAUAGAGAAACAAAGUCCAAUACAUUGGAACUAGAAGCUACUGUUAAAGCUGACGCUAAAAUAAUUUCUACACUAUCACCGCUGCAGCCUGAAAGCACAUCAUCAAGCUCGGAAUUAUGUAACAUUCUACAAGUAAACAGAGUUACAUUAAUUGAAGAUCCAGCAUGUGAGACACCAAAAGUAUGUUUAAAAUCAAUAGAUCAAUCACUAUGCAAACGCUGUAGAAAAUAUUCAGAAUCGGCUCCAGGUCAGCCUUGUAUGAGAUGUAUACAAAUAUUGAAUAUGUAUUCUAGAUCAUAAUUAAUAAAAUAAUAAAAUUUUUUAAAUAAA